AUGAAACGAUGCACUCAGUAUAGUGAAAAAUAUCUAUAUCAAUUGCUAGAACGUUCAGGAAUGCUUAAUCAAUGGUUUAUGGCGAAUAACCCCGAAGAAGCGGGCCGUAAUUUUGCUCGUUCUUAUAAAAAUCUUUUCAAAACUAAGUUUGAUUACUUCGAUUUACCUCAACAUGAUAAUUUACGAUCUAAUGUUGAUGAUAUCGAUAUAUCAUUUUUGUGUAAUGAUUUGUGUCAAAAUAUCAUUUGGAAAUUGAAUGAGGCGCUUGAAAAGGAGAAAAAUGGAACAUUUUUAUUAAGUGCACCAUUUUUUGAUGAUGCCCAAUCACGCAUAACUGAUGCUAGUUCAACGAAUGCAACAUUAACCAAUUGUCAGUUAGGAAUAUUCAUACCAGUUGGAAAAUGUAUCCCGCAAGGUGCGGAAGAAUUCGAGGAGCAUAGUAGACUGUGUACAUCUUGCCAUGGCGUAUAUAUGCUUGGUAAAAUGUGCUUCCCGCGAUUUAUCAAUGCCAUAAGAUGUGAAAGUCAAAUUCAAACAUCUGGAUGUAUUUUCGACAAAAUUUCAACCCAACCUCAUGGUUUAUGUUACAUGCGUACGCUCACGCUUGAAGUAUUAUGUAAUGUAGGAAAUGAAGAAUGUCAAGAAUGGCAUCAUGAAUAUAUUCAAGUUCCAAUAUCCUGUGAAUGCCAACUCGAUACAGAAUCACUACUGCUAAGUGCUGUGAAACUAUGA